AUGAGAGAGGCCGUUUUCCUUCAAUUUUUACUUGGAAUAUUGGCUUGCUUUAUUGUCUUCUGCGCCAAUGCAGAAGACCCAUAUAGAGACUAUACUUGGGUUGUCACAUAUGGAACACGGGCUCCUCUUGGUGUUUACCAAAAGGUCAUUCUUAUUAAUAAUCAAUUUCCUGGACCUCCAAUUGAAGCUGUGACUAAUGACAACAUAAUUAUAAAUGUCAUCAAUCAAUUAGAUGAACCCUUCCUCGUUACAUGGCAUGGAAUUAAACAGAGGAGGACCUCAUGGCAAGAUGGUGUGCUUGGGACCAAUUGCCCAAUCCCUCCCCACUCAAACUGGACAUACAAAUUCCAGUUGAAGGAUCAAAUUGGAACCUUCAUGUACUAUCCUUCAACUUUACUGCACAGAGCCAUUGGUGGUUUUGGGGCUCUCAAUGUUAUGCAAAGGUCUGUGAUCUCAAUCCCAUACCCUGCACCUGAUGGAGAAUUCACUGUGCUUGUUGGUGAUUGGUACAACGCUGGCGACAAGGCCUUGAAGGAAAGGCUGGAUUCAGGCUUGGGUCUUCCUCUUCCAGAUGGCCUCCUUAUUAAUGGUGUCCGUAGAUCUUAUACUUUCACUGGUCAGAGAGGGAAAACAUACAAGUUUAGGAUUACAAAUGUGGGUAUAUCAACAUCAAUCAACUUCAGGAUCCAGGGUCAUCCAAUGACUCUUAUUGAAGUUGAAGGAAGUCAUAGUCUGCAGGAGCUGUACGAGUCCAUUGAUAUUCAUGCCGGUCAAUCUGUAGCGGUUUUGGUUGAAUUACUAGCGUCGGUUAAAGACUACUACAUUGUGGCUUCCACCCGUUUCACAAAGCCUAUUCUCACAACUACCGGUGUUCUUCGCUAUGAGGGUUCCCACACUCCAGCCUCUUUGCCAUUGCCUAUAGGCCCAACUUUUCAAGUUCACUGGUCCAUGAAGCAAGCCAGGACUAUCAGAACGAACUUGACAGCAAAUGCAGCCAGGCCUAAUCCUCAAGGUUCAUUCCACUAUGGGACAAUAAAGGUUGUGAGGACACUUGUUUUGGCUAAUGCAAAAGCCAAGAUAAAUGGUAAAUUGCGGUAUGCUGUUAACGGGAUAUCCUAUGUGGAUCCAACCACUCCAUUGAAGCUUGCAGACUGGUUUAACAUCCCUGGUGUCUUCAAAUUAAAUUCGAUCAAGGAUGUUCCUACUUCAGGCCCUGCAGUCCUCGGCGUCUCUGUAUUUGGAAUCACCCUUCAUGACUUUGUUGAGAUUGUCUUCCAGAACACCGAAGCCGCCAUCCAGUCAUGGCAUCUUGAUGGCUCUAGCUUCAAUGUUGUAGGAUAUGGUUCUGGCCAGUGGAAACCUGACUCAAGGAAACGCUACAACCUGGUGGAUGCAAUUUCUAGACACACUGUUCAGGUAUAUCCAACUUCCUGGACCGCAAUCCUGGUGUCACUGGACAACAAAGGUAUGUGGAACCUGAGGUCGCAAGACUGGUCCAAGAGGUACCUAGGCCAGCAAUGUUAUCUCAGAGUUUGGAGCAACGAAAAAAGCCUGUUUACUGAGACUGGCAUUCCUCCAAAUGCUCUACGUUGUGGCAAGGCCGCUCACUUAUAGAAACAAUAUUCUCAUUGGUGUAAUUUAUUUGUCUUCAUCAGCUAAUUCCCUAAAUUUUCCCCUUCGAUUUCAGUUACGAGGGUGUGAUUGUUAGGAAGAGAAAAAAAAUGGGGGGAAGUUAGGCUUCAAAAGAGGGCAAGCAAAAAUUAUAGAUUUGUUGUGGUAGCUUGAUUACUUUCUAUCGUAAUCACAAUAAACAUUUUCCUCCUCAAUCUUUGUGGCAUGCUGUUCCUCAAUAUUUCAUGGCCCAUGUGAUGCUUGAAAAGCAAGUUUCAUCCAGUCAAUAGCCAGCUCAUUCAACUGAUAAAUAUGCUGCGUGAAUAUGCACCCAAGUUUGACAAAGUAUAGCACUCAAUUUUCAAUUGAUUCUGCCGCAAACUCAGAGCGCAUAGUGUUUCCAUCCGUGAUUGACAAAGCUAGAGAUCUGCUAGUAAAAAGAAGUAUGGUUUGAAUGAUGAUGAAAAUGACCAACAGCAAUCAUCAGAUUGUAGCGUAAUUUGCACAAAUAGGACCUAUAAUUGGUACACAUCUUUGCCAUAAUCAUUAGCUAAAGCCAUGUUGUUUGGUGAGGGCCGCUUGAGAGAUUACGGCAUACGAAACUGAGGCUCUCUCUCUCUUUUUGUAUGGUUUUGAGAUAAAAUGUUAAACAACAAAGUAGCUAACAGUCAACCAAUAAGUGCUUGGCUCAAUCCAUUAAUGCGUUUAUCUUGACAGUAAGGAAUUUUAAUUCAAGCACCAGUGUAAACUCCUCGACAAGAUGAGUAAAUAUAUAUUUGCAUCCUAGCAUGAGAGUUAGAGCAGUUUGUCCGUUUCAAUAUUUCAUUUGAAAAAAAAAAAAAACUAACAGUAACCGACCUGCUAAAUGACAAAUGAGAAACAAAAAGAAAUUCUAAUUUGGCGUCCAUCUGUAUAAUCCUACAAAUGUAGUUUUCACCCCAGCUAUAGAGGAAGGGAAGACCUUAUCCUGAAUAUAGGAUUCUAGCAAUGGGAACAAUGUGUUUAUUAUACUCGGCAGAGGGAUGACACUAGAUGAGGAGUCCCUAGAGAGCUUAGAUCACAAACAUUAAUUGGAAGAUUUAUGACACCUAAAGGUCAUAAGAAAUCAAGUUUCAGAGGGAAAAGCAAGAAAGCUCCAGCCCAUGUCGCCUUGCAUGCGGAAAGUAUCUAUACCCUAUCUCUCCAAAAAAUUGAACGAAAUGUUAAAAAAAGUGAAGAAGUACGGGCUUGAAAUUAUUUAAAAAGAAAUAAAAAAGGGAGUGAAGGGAAUAAAACUGAAGGCUAGUCUCCAGAGUAGCAGGCAAGGGCGGACACCAACUCUUUAGCAUAAGGCUGCAGGCGGAAUCCUCCUUUCCACUGCGAGAAUCAAAUUGCUGUUUACGGAAACUCUUCCCAAAGACUGCUUUGAAACUUCUUUCAUCACUUUCUCAUAACAAAACAAUUAGAGAAUCUUCAAUUUCAUAUGCAACCCACCAGUUCAUGACACACCUCCACCAGUCUCUCAGUUUUAUACAAAAAUUAGAAAAAGAAACCAUAAAGUUUUUGAGUUAACCAAAAUAAAAAAGUUGUAGCCAUGUGUCUGUCUAUUCUCUUUCAAUUUGUGUGGUUGUGG